AACAUCUUCAACCUAGCCGUCUUCACCAGGAUGGGACUGACCGACAGUGUCACACUGUCACUCUUCUUUCUGGCCGUUUCGGACUUCUGCUUCAUAAUAAUGAGCACCGUGAUCAGGUCUUUUGGUCUGAUCCUGCAGUUUCCCCAGAUUUCACCCAACACGAUCAACCUUAAAGACCUAGUCAUCGCUUGUUUCUGGUACAGCAUGGUCUUCUACGACACCUCCAUGUUGAUCCGAGUCUACACGGCCGUGUCUCGCGCAUGCUGCGUGGCCAUUCCGUUGACCUUCAAAAACGUGUUCACGAACAAGGCAGCUGUUGUAUCAGUGGGUGUAAUAUUCAUCGCCGUCCUCGUAAGCCGUGUUCCGAUGUUGGUGUCCCAGGGUUUUUACGGCGUCGUCGACAGAGCAACGAAUGUGACGAGGUUUUUGUUUUACACAACUCCCUUGAGGCCAACAGCUCAGGCGAUCAACGACAUCCUUAAUCGCAACAUCGUCACGUGGGGCGCGAUUGGCCUCGUUCUCGUCUCACUCUUUGUUCUAAAAUACAAACUGGUCUCCGCGGCUAGGUUCAGAUAUCAAUUAAAAGCCGGCCAAACAGACGUGGCAAAAUUUUCACCGCGGCAGAAGUCACACUUGCAGAAAUCAAAUGUCAUCAAAAGAACUCACAUAAGAUUUUAUGGGGCUAAGACUCGGAAACCGAGCACAGGAAAUGACGUCAAUACCUUAUAUAAAGAGGUCGUCUUGACCGGGAGAUAUCGUCAGGUGGUCAAGGUCGUUCUGAUUGUUUCCGUUAUCUUCAUCGUCUGCACAUUACCAUCCACUAUCACGUCUGUGGUGAGGAGACUGAAGCCCGAGUUUAACAUCGGAUUUCGUUAUGAAAACGUGCUACUUCUAUUCACGAAUGUCUAUGAUACUUCGUCCUAUAUAAAUUGUUGCGUCAACGUCUUGGUUUAUUAUCAUUUCAACAGCAAGUUCCGUAAUGUCGCCAGGCGACUUCUGGGCAGGGUUGUCAAUCGUCCGUAA